UUGUUUCCAGUUUAAUUUCUCAAAAUGAGAUUUAAUUUUGUCAUAGUGUUUUUAAUCAUUGGUGCGGUGGAUGCUUACAUAAACAUGGCACUAUAUAGACAGCAGAUUUUAGAUCACCAUAAUCAAGUUCGCCGGAUGGAACCUGCUUCUAACAUGCAAAAGCUGACAUGGAACACACAGCUUGAGAACGAAGCCACCAUGUGGGCAAGUCAAUGUAUGUUUGAUCACCAACAACUUGGUCGUGGGGAGAAUUUGGCAAUGCACACUGCUCCAUGGGACUAUCAAAGACUUAUUUCAGUUGGAAUUCAAAUGUGGGCUGAUGAAAAGAGACAAUAUACAUAUGGUAGUUCUGGAUUUUCCCAAGCGACAGGGCAUUAUACACAGAUGGUAUGGGCUGAUACUACUCAGGUCGGCUGUGGAAUGACAAGAUGUCCGAGUUUAUCAAUGGGAGGAGGUACACCUAUGCAGAAUGCCUGGUUCUUGGUUUGCUUUUAUAAUCCAGCUGGUAACUAUAUUGGACAAUUGCCAUUCAAACAAGGCCAAUCGUGUUCCCUAUGUGGUAGGGGACAGUAUUGUGAUAGAGGUCUUUGUUCUAGUACUCCAUCUUCAGGAGCUUACCCCCAAGGAGGCGGUGCUCCAGGUGGUCAUGGUGCUGGUGGUCACGGUGGUGGAGGUCAUGGUACUGGUGGCCACGGUGGUCAAGGUGCACCAAGCGGUCAUGGUGCUGGUGGUCAGGGUGGUGGAGGUCAUGGUACUGGUGGCCACGGUGGUCAAGGUGGUCAAGGUGCACCAAGCGGUCAUGGUGCUGGUGGUCAGGGUGGUGGAGGUCAUGGUACUGGUGGCCACGGUGGUCAAGGUGCUGGUGGUCACGGUGGUGGAGGUCAUGGUACUGGUGGUCAAGGUGCACCAAGCGGCCAUGGUGCUGGUGGUCACGGUGCUGGAGGUCAUGGUACUGGUGGUCACGGCGGUCAAGGUGCACCAACCGGUCAUGGUGCUGGUGGUCAUGGUGCCCCUGGUGGUCAAGGUGCACCAAGCGGUCAUGGUGCUGGUGGUCACGGUGCCCCUGGGGGCCAUGGUGCUGGUGGUCACGGUGCCCCUGGUGGUCAAGGUGGUCAAGGUGCACCAAGUGGACAGUCUCCUGUUAUUGGCGGCGGACCUGGUAUGCCAAAAAUAGAAUUUGUUGGUGGAUUUCCUGUUAUAUCCAUUGGUGGAAACCCAGCUGCUGGUGGAAACUCUCCUGCUGGUGGACAUUCUCCUGCUGGUGGACAUUCCCCUGCUGGUGGACAUUCUCCUGCUGGUGGACACUCUCCUGCUGGUGGACAUUCUCCUGCUGGUGGACAUUCUCCUGCUAGUGGAAAUUCUCCUGGUGGUAGCUCACUCGUUAGUAAAACACCAGGUGGUACAAUAAACAUAAUGGACUUCAUGGGUGGCUUUUCACAAAAACCUAACGCAGGAGCAUCGUGUAGAGACAGACAGCCUUGGUGUGCAACAUGGGCUGAGUUAUGUCUAGAUCCAACACAUUCUAGAAAAAUGAACUCACAGUGUCCUCGAACAUGUGGAAAAUGUCCUCCCACUACUGGAGGACCACCAUGCAUCGAUGCUGUUGAAGGUUGUAUGUUUUGGAAGCAAGUAGGAAUGUGCCAUGUACCGUUUUACCAAGCGUAUAUUAAGGAAACUUGUGCUUUUACGUGCAACAUGUGCUGAAUUAAACUGAAAGAAUUCCGAAAUAUAAACAGUAUCUCUACAAAUGUCCCAUGAAAGACUAGAAUGAAUCCAAGUCGUGCAACGUGUUGGUGUUGAGUCGGGACCAUUUUGCUGGCAAAACUGAUCUCAUGUUAAUGAAUUCCUCGAGUGGCCGAGGAAAAUGACUAUGUUUGUUGUGAUUUGUAUUAUAUUUUUGUACAAUAGAUGAUAUUUUCCAAAUAAAUUUUAUAUUCGUAA